CCAGAAUAAGAAACACUGCCCUUAUAUAAUAUAUAUAUACCCUUGUAUUUUGAUUCCAUACCUCAACUUUCCAUCUGAUUUCAAAUGUCUUCUUCCGCCGCAGAACCGAUUCGACACCUUCUCCAGAAGCCAUGGAAAACCCUCCUCUUCCCCACCAUCAAACCCUCCGAUCUCCUCUCUCUCUUCCUCAAAGCGGGUCUCGCCAUUUCCACCUUCUUCCUCAUCUCCCAUCUCUUCUUCCUUUCUAUCUCCUACCCCCCACACCACAACCCAAUUAAAACCUACCAAAGCAUACUCCAACACCGCUCCACCACCGCAGCAGGCGAGGAGGAACAGGAACCCACCAACAUCUCCCACAUCUUUUUUGGGAUCGGCGGCUCCGCCAACACAUGGAACACGCGCCGCUACUACACUGAGCUCUGGUGGCGCCCGGGGGCCACCAGAGGCUUCGUGUGGCUGGACAAAGACCCCCCAGGAAAUGAGACGUGGCCGGAGACCUCACCGCCGUACAGGGUCUCUGGCAACACGUCGGAGUUUAAGUACACCUGCUCGUACGGUUCGCGGUCGGCGAUUCGCAUAGCGCGCAUAGUGAAGGAGAGUUUCGAGCUAGGGUUAGAAAAUGUGAGAUGGUUCGUGAUGGGUGAUGAUGACACCGUUUUCUUCAUCGAUAAUCUCAUCACUGUGCUGUCGAAAUAUGAUCACAAUCAAAUGUACUACAUUGGUGGGAAUUCUGAGAGCGUGGAACAGGAUUUAGUCCAUUUUUACACCAUGGCUUAUGGUGGUGGAGGCUUCGCCAUAAGCUACCCUUUGGCGGCGGAGUUGGUCAAGAUUUUGGAUGGCUGCAUUGAUCGAUAUGCGGAGUAUUAUGGGUCUGAUCAGAAAAUUCAGGCUUGUAUAAGUGAGAUUGGUGUUCAGAUUACCAAAGAGCUUGGUUUUCAUCAGGUUGAUAUACGUGGCAACCCGUAUGGGUUACUGGCAGCGCACCCCGUAGCACCAUUGGUAACAUUACACCACCUGGACUACGUGGACCCCAUCUUCCCAAGCAUGACCCAAGUCAACUCCGUGAAGAAACUCAUCUCAGCCUACGAUUCGGAUCCGGGUCGGACCUUACAGCACAGUUUCUGCUACGACCUUCGCCGGAACUGGUCGGUUUCUGUGUCAUGGGGCUACAGCAUUGAGCUCUACCCUUUCCUCCUUACGGCGAAGGAGCUUGAAACAAAGGUGGGUACAUUCAGAACGUGGCGGAGUUGGAGUGACGGUCCGUUUACAUUCAAUACCCGACCCGUAAGUGAUGACCUGUGUCGGAAGGCUCUUGUGUAUUUCAUGGAUCGCGUUGAUGAUGUGGGCCCGGGAGAGACCCGAUCCGCUUAUAGAAGAUACGUCGACGUUUCAGGGAAAGAGUGUGAGCGGGUUGAGUAUGGGCCGGCUUUAGCUGUUCAAUACGUCAACGUUUCAGCGUCCCAAUUUUCGCCACACCUCUGGAAACAGUCACCACGCAGACAAUGCUGCGAGAUAAUGAACGGUGCAGAUGGACUGAACAGUGUGGUCAAAGUCCAGAUCAGAGGGUGUCAUCGGUUUGAGAGUGUGACUCCACCGUAGACUAGAAUGUUAUAACACAUGGAAUUAUUUGAAGGCGAUGAAUUCCAUUCGACAAGGCGUUUAGACUCUGAAUCUGAUAUAUAGAUCAUGAUCACCACAUGCAGGAAACUGAGACAUGAUCUGUGCAUUCCAAAUACGCUUACACUAUCUGUGCACAUAUAUAGAAACUUUAUAGAGUUGAAUUUCUUUUAAUAUAAGGCUACUCAUUAAUUCUUGCCAUUCUUACCAAAUCACUACAUUUUGCUAACUCUUAAUUUAAAAUAUUGUGACUUCAAUUC